AUGUCCUCCUAUUCUUUGGCCUUCCGAGCCGUACAAGUCCUCGGCAUCACCGGUGCAGCUUGGCUAUCGGGUAAUAUUUCUGUUCUGAGCAUGAAUGCUAUUCCGAGACUUGCUCAUUCUGGUCGAGAGCACGGCGCUACCCUCAACCUAGUCGCCAAACAGUGGAACAGUAUUUAUGACACAGGGAAAGCUCAGAACCCACCGAUCGCCAUUCUGAUAACCUCCUCCUUCUUAUACCUGGCAUGGGCUACUCGUUCAGGGGGACCAUUUUUCCGACAAGCCAGAUCUAGUUGCGCAAGAUUUUACUUCGCAGCAGCGCUCCUGACUUUGAGCAUUGUACCCUUCACGCUCAUUUUAAUGAACAGUACGAACACCGCUCUUAGGAAACUUGCUGCAUCAUCAGAGGAGUCUUCGAGGAAUGCCGACGUCCAGAGUGCAAGUCUGUUGGAAAGGUGGGUGACGUUGAACGGAAUCCGGGGUUUGUUGCCAUUGGCGGGCAGUGUAGUUGGCCUCAUCGGGGCUUUAGUCUGA